AUGUUUCAAGGAUGGUGCUUCACUUCUAAUCUUGCUCAUCAUCAUAAUGGGCGGAUUAUUAUAGCUUGGAAUCCGAAUAGCUACGAGAUUGAUAUAAAAGGAGGUACUAGCCAAUUUAUUCACAGCAGGAUUAGGUCGAAAAGAGGAACUCAGUUUGCUAUUACAGUUGUCUAUGCUCUGAAUGAUAGUAAUGGUAGACAAAAGCUUUGGAAUGAUCUUGGACUCAUUGCUCAUGGCACCAAGAUUCCGUGGAUUGUUUGUGGUGAUUUUAACUCUAUUUUGUCUACUGAAGAGAGCCUAGAUUAUCGUGGAAAUGGCAAUGAAAUGGUGCCAUUUCAGACUUGUACUAAUAAACAAGAGGGGAAGGAUCGAGUGUGUGCAAAGCUAGAUCGGGUUUUGGCAAAUAAUGAUUGGUUGGAUAAGUUUCCCACGGCAGAAGUUAGUUUCCUUCCUGAGGGUGUGUUUGAUCAUUCACCAGCUCUUCUUUUCAUUUAUCCGAACAUCCAUGAUCAACGGAAGCCUUUCAGAUACUUCAGUUAUUGGAGUUCUUUGAAGGAAUUUAAUGGUAUUGUACAAACUGGAUGGCUUGAGAAUGUUGAAGGCUCACAAAUGUAUAGAAUUGUUAACAAACUCAGGCAUCUAAAGCAUGGACUCAGGGGUUUAAAUCAGCAAGGUAAAAGAGAUAUUGGCAUUCAGGAUACUGAAGCUUUUAAAGCUUUAAUUAAUAUUCAAAUGGCUUUGAGGGAACAACCUGGUAAUGGAGAUCUAAUAGCUCAGGAAAUUCAAGCUAGGAAUCAUUAUGCCGAGACUCGCAAGCAGUAUCUGAAUUUUUUAAGACAAAAACCCAAGAUAACUUGGCUCGCUUAUGGAAAUGACAACACCAAAAAAUUUCAUGCUAGUAUUAAACAAAGGAGACUGCAAAAUACCAUUUAUUCAGUAAAAAAAACUAAUGGAACUUGGGUUACUAAGAAGAAUGAGGUUAUUCGAGCAUUCCUAGCCUUCUAUGAAAACUUAUUAGGGUCCAAAAUGAAUACAAGAACUUGGGUUCAUAAAAGUAUAGUUCAUGAGGGUCCGGUGGUUAGCCCUAAUCAAGUUGCCUAG